AGACCGCCUGUGCAAGAUGAGCCACUGUAGGCUUCACAACCCCUAGUGUGUCCAUUCAGCUGGCUGUGUGACCUUGGUCGAAUUGCUGAACCUCUCUGAACCUCGGUUUCCUCCCCUGUGAAAUGGGUAUAUCCACACCUGCUUGUACUGGGAGCUUAGCACAGGAGCCUACCGGGCUCAUCCAGUGAGGACUAGAAGUUGAGGGUUCUAGGCCCAGGCAUUGGAGUAGACCAUGACCCCCAGCCCAUGGGGCCUUAUAUGUGGCCUACUGCUGCUGUUGCUGCUGCCGUCCCUGGGGGCUGGCCCUGUCCCAGGCAGGGGCCUUCCUAGGCCACUUGAGGACUCACAAAUCCACCUGAUCCUAGGAGCCCACCCCAAUGGCCCUGUAGGGUCAGAGCCCCAUGACUUUGACUUCCUCUGGGAGAGCCCUAGAGAUGAGAACCCCAGGAACUCUGCUGUCCCCCAGUUCCCUGCUGAAAAGAUGCCUCAGAGGCCUGUAGACUCUCUCCUUGGCCCAGCCCUGCAUGGGCCCAAAGCAGCCCAUGGGACUCAGAGAGAACGACUCCCAGUAACUGAUGACCUCCAGAUGGCUCGAGGGCCAAGUUCCCAGGGCUGGACAGGACCUCCUGACUCUCAGGAGCCUCUGGAGCAAGAAGCACUGGCCCCCCACCCCGUGGGGUUCCCCCACCUCACUUUCAAUUCCACAGCUCCCAGACUUCAACUCAGGGUAGCUACAGUUCCUUCCUCCCCACGGGAGCCUGAGGGCCAAGCAGCACAGCGACCACAAAGAGAUGACGGUCUGAAGGCCAAAGCCAAGUCUGAGAUCUCACAGACUUCUCCUUUGGACCACCAGCACCCUGCCCACACUCUUGUGCCCCACUCAGGCACCAUCAAGAGGCCAAUGCUGGAAGAACAGGGUGGGGAUAAGGAGGACUUCCAGGAGGCAGCUCAAGGCCCCCUCUUCACCCAAAAAGAUCCAGCAGCUCCUGAUAUUGCUUCAGUAUCCCCAGUUGAGGUGGCAUCCUCUCAGGAGCCUGGGGCCCAGCCAGACUUGGCAUUGGCCAGAAGCCUUCCUCCUGCCGAGGAGCUGCCAGUUGAGCCCCCCGAGAAGACUGGAGCUGGAGAGACCUGGGAAGUCAGCUCCCCAGGUCCCCCGGCCAAGCAAGCUGACCUCCCCGAUGUUAAGGGUUCACCAGGACCCCAGCCCUCAGGUCCUCCAGCCUCAGAGGCUCCUGAUGGACAGCCCAAGCCAGAGAUAGCAGCAAUGAAUGGGGCAGACCCCAUCUCCCCCCAGCGGGUAAGAGGAGCACUGGAGACCCCAGAUACCCCCAAGUCCCUCAUCCCUGGUCCCACGGACUCUGGCCCAUCUAUGAACCAAACAGAAAGCCCUGUGGGGACCCUGCAGCCAGGUGAGGGCAUGAGUAGGGGCUGGGGAGAGGGAAUACUCUGCCCAAUAAUUAAGAACCUGUGUAAAGUAUAUGUGAGAGUGGGGAGUGAAUGGGGACAAACACCUGCUUAGAGGAACUGGCCAGGACCUCCUUCAAACAACUUAGAAUAAUAAACUAAUACUCACUGGG